CUAAUCGGAGAGCCCCAUCAUCUUUGUGAUUGGCUGCAGAAAUCUAGGUACCGCGUAGCCGCGUAGGGAGAUUUACUAUGGGGAAUCGUGUGAGGAAAACGCUGGUUGCCAACUGCUAGUAUCGGGGAAAAAAAUGAGGCGAACACAGCGCGAUGUUCAAGGGCUCACAGUAGUUUUCCGUUCGGCAUUUAGAUCGUCAGUGGUAGCCACGUAGCUUCAGCUGUCAAUGCUAGCGAAUAAUCUUAGCUAGCACCGCCGUGCAUCAAUAUUUCGUCUUCUAGCCUAGUGCGUUCUUGUGUUUUGUAGCCACGAGGUUUGGAUUGCCGGGUGGUUACAAAUUUUUAAUUUAGAAUUUAAGAAAUUUUUUUUAAAGCGAUACUCGUGUGACGUUUUAUUGACCGCGUUAAGUGUAGUAAGACAGGUUUCGAAAGUGGCGUUUUUGUUAGCUUUACUAUGGCUGAACAGCCGGUUCCUGGGGGAAGCGGUGCUGCCUCUUCUGCGUCCAACAACGAUAAGUACACAUGCACGUUUUGUGACAAGCGCUUCACGCAAGCAUGGAAUCUGAAGAGGCACUUAGUGUCGAUCCACAACGACGCGGCCGCGAAGGGAAAGUGCACCGAGCUUCCCUCUGACCGUCGCCCAUUCGUAUGCGACAAGUGCACUGUUCGGAUCUCGUUUCCUUUCCAUGCGGACUUGCUAUGCCACUUCGAAGAGCAGCACGGGUUUGUUGCAAAGCGUUCGACUUUGCAGUUCGACUCAUCUAAGGAAUUCAGCAUCUGGAUGGCAGCCGAGGAAAGCAAGGAACACGUUCACUUCGUUCUUCGCACCGGAGCCAAGCGUUCCAAAAAUGGUGAAAUGAGACGGAAGUACUACUGCCACCGUUCUGGGUCAUUUCAGAGUGAGAGCAAAGGUGAACGGCAACUAAAAACACAGGGCAGUUGUAAGUCUAAUGUGAAGUGCUUAGCUAUAAUUAAAGCAACAGAGAAAGAUGGCAAGGUGGCAGUAGAGUACCAGGCAGAGCACUACGGCCACCUGAAGGAGCUGAAGCACCAACCACUCUCAAAGACAGAGAAGGAGGCUUUAGCUACUAAACUAAAGCAAGGCAUCCCUGCCCGAAAGGUCUUGGUAGAUGCACGUGCUUCUGGUGGCAGUGAGAUGGGCAGGCUUCAUUUGCUCACAAUGAAGGACAUUGGCAACAUUUCUGUUCAGCACGAAAUUCAAACCAAAGAGCGACGACACAAAGAUCAAUUUGUAAGUGUCGAGAUGUGGGUGGAGGAACUAACCAGGCAACUAGAUUCCCCUGUGCUGUACUUUCAACAGCAGACGCAAAAGGACACCUGUGACUUUGAGCUUGCCCUGAUGACUGCCCCUCAGAAAGACCUUCUUGCUAAGCUUGGUCCCAAGUUCCUGUGCAUUGACUCCACUCAUGGAACAAACGGUCACAAUUUACAGCUGACGACUCUCAUGACAGUUGCAGAAGACCAAUCAGGAAUGCCAUGUGCAUAUCUGAUUUCCAAAAAAGUUGAUGCCGAGACUAUGAUCCGCUUUUUUGAGGCCAUAAAGGAACAAAUUGGCAAACUUGAAUGCGAGGCAUUCAUGUCCGAUGACGCUCCCGCAUACGGUAAUGCAUGGGAGCACGUGAUGGGCCCUGUCAAAAAUCGGAUGCUCUGCACCUGGCAUGUGAACCGCAGCUGGAAAGGAAAAUUGCAGAAAGUCACUAAUGAGGAAAUUCGAAAAACUCUUCAAGACCAGUUGUUCACUCUCAGAAAUUGCAGUGAUGAGGUUGAAUUCCAAGAGGCUUUACCACGCUUUCGCGAUCAGAAACUGGGUAAAGAAGGUGAGGAUUUUCUUAAGUACUUCAGGAGUCAUUAUGCUGGAAGAGCGACUCAGUGGGCGCACUGUUUCAGAAAAGGCAUUCCAUUCACCACUAACAACCAUCUGGAGGCAAUGCACAGGGACCUCAAGUCAAACUACAUGCAUGGAACGCACAACCAGAGGCUUGACAAGCUGCUAAUGAUACUCUUGGAGCUAACUCGUGACCGGCUCUACAAGCGUCUCAAGUCGCUCAUAAAAGGAAAAACAAAUCGGCAUGCCACAGCCCUUUUCCAAAGGCACCAAGAUGGGAUGAAGAUCCCCGCAUCAGAUGUAGAAAAGCUACAAAAUGGCAGUGGAUGGCUUGUGAAGUCCCAGUCCCAGGCUGGAACUAACUACAAUGUCGAAAGAAAGGGUGAUCCCUGUCAGGGCUGCAUCCUUCGCUGCAAGGACUGCGACAUAUGUAUCGACAGUUACCAGUGCACUUGCAAUGACAGCUUGAUUUCAGUUUCAAUAUGCAAGCACAUUCACGCCGUAGCUUACCUGGAGCGUCGUGCGACAACUGUAGAGGAAGUCGAAACUCAGCCAGACAUGGUGCCAUCAACCUCUUGCAAUGCAGCAGGCUCUACAUUGGUCGAUGAGCCCCAGUCUCUCUUGGAUAACAUUCGGCACAGUGUUGAGAUUAGCAUGCAGAAAUCUGAACCAGAUUCGGAGGACGAAAUACGUCUAGCCCUGAAUGCACUGAACGAGUCCCUCUCGAGGAAAAAAUUGAUAAGCGCUUCGAGUCGGGCCAUGGUAGUAGAGUACCUCGCAAAGGCCAAAGAACUAGUUGAUUCUGCACCCGAUGCAUCAUGUCUAAAACCCAAAGUGGUUCCUCACAACAAAAAAAUGGAAAAGCAACCACGGUACAUUUCAACCAAAAAGAGACGCCCUGGUUCUGGUUCCAUGCAUGUAAAGCGUCCAAACAGGUUGGAGCAACAGUCCAUCAUGAAGGACCUUGUAGACAACAGAGUUUCCUCACGGGUAGCAGCAUCCACUUGGCUUCUUGCGGAUGCUGCUGCCUUAGUCCUUAGGGACCAUGACUACUGUGCAGAGCAGUAGACAUGACAAUUGGAAUAAAAAAACAAGGGACAGGAUUCCUUGCUUUUUAGUCCAAUUUUUGUGUGCCAGAAGAACAGCGUUCCUCUUGCACAAAAAGGGCCAGUAUAUGUGGUAGCUUAUUGCAGGGGUGGUCCAGUUUGCCAUUUCUGGCAACUUGAUACAUUCCCGCUUGCCUGCGCUUUGCUGCACCCAAAGGGAAAAAUUGGGCCAAAGUAAACGAAUCUGCAAACGAAAAGGUUUUUGGAAGAGUUUUUGGUUUUGUCUGUAGGUUAGAAGAUUGGUGGAAAUUAUUGAGGGAAAAUUUAAUAGAGUAAAAUUAACUAGCACAGCUAGGGACAGGCAGGGCGGAGGAAAAUUGGGACUCCCUCCCGCACGGCUCCGGCCCAAGGUCUCAACCCUCUCUCUCAGUAGGCCCGAUGUUGGGGUGACAACUGGCUAAACCACCCCUGUUAUUGGUCUAUCUGCUUUGGAGAAUGUCAAGGGAUGCUCGCGCUGAAGGCAAUAUGGGCAUCGCUUCAUAUUCUCCAGCAGCCCGCUUCUGCUAAAUGUUGGCACGAAUCAGUAACAACUGUUCACAGCCAAAGGCUGGCAGUUUAACAUGUUAUCACAGUGUCUCUAGUUGUAUUCUUAAUUUGUUUCAAAGGCUGUUUAGGUUGGAAUGUGUACAUCUUUCGUGUGUUAUUUCAUGUUUUGUUCUCGAGGGGAGUGUGUGCUUGUUAGGUCAUCAAUUUUAUCUAUGUACUACUGUGCAUAUUUUUUCAGAUGUUGCAAAAUUUGGGGUUGGGCUCUUAGUAUAAAAUGGGCUGAUGCUUAAUAUUUUAUGGUAGUGUGCAAUAAAAUUUAUUUAUUAGAUAUUCUUCCUGAAACUGUGGCUUUUCUGUUUUAUUUUACAUAUCACUGUAAAAGAACUUGCAGCUUUCCUUUAGAAAAUGUCAAGGGAUGCUCGCGCUGAAGGCAAGAUGGGCAUCGCCUGACAUUCUCUAACAUCCAGCUUCCACUAAAUACUGAUAACACAUUUUGCUCCAUAUAUAGAUGUUACAUAUAACAUGACAGAGACAGGUCCUUGUAUUAAGUGUUGCAUGUGCAUGUGACCUUGCAGUUAUUUCUUUGUGCACUCUCUGCUUUGUGUCAGAAUUGCAGUUGUGCUGAAAUUUAACUUUUUUUCAAGUGCAAAUCAAAUGUUUUGCAAUCUACAGCUUUCCUUGCUAAUCACUGUUCUAUUGUUUCCUGAGCCGAGAUACAGACACCACUGACCUCUUGGAUUGAAGACUGGUUCACGCAAGUGCACCCCAUUGCGUUACAGUUGCUUACAACAGCUUACACUGAGAUAAUACAUUUUGUUGCUAUGAUAUUCAAGGCUGUGUAAGGAGUCUUUACAACUUUGCUUUGACUUGGGAGAGUUAAAAGCCAAAGCAGAAAUGUAGAUACUUUGAGGGGAAUCGGUGGCCGAGUGGGCUAACGUGUCUCAGCUCGGAGCGUGGUGCAAAAGCUUGCGCUGCGAACUUCCUGGGUUCGAUCCCCGCCGUCACCGCCUGCUUCGUACCGGUACGCGUUCGUGUAAUCACUACUCCGUGACGUAUGUUAAAAACCCCAGGUUAGCGGUUGUACUGCACUGGCUAAAUUUCUCAUCUACAGCUGAGCGAACGGUCAUCCGUUGAGGGGUACCAACAUCAAGGCUCUAUAAACAUACAAAGCAGGCCAAUUUUUUUAGAUACUGUUCCUGCAAUGCAUUGUGGGCCUCUCAGUUGCCAUACCAACACAAUGUAUUGCCUCGUUUUAAGCAAUUGUAAUGCAGUCGGACGCAACUAUCUGAACCAGCCUUAAAAUCUGCCACGGCAAGCCAUUGUGCCUGCGGCCUGCUCGAGAUGACCUGCAGCAGGAGACCAGCCCAGACGUGGGGGCACACACAACUAUGAAGACAGCCCUAACAGUGCAGUGAUAUCUAAAAGAACUUGCCUGGAACUUGGAAGAUGUGGAUACUAAUGUACUACGAGAUUGGUGAUAUUGAAGAUGUCAGCGAGGCAACAGGCGGCCCUGAUGACUUCCGAGCUGUGUGGAGCAUAGUUCAAUGAAGCCAGAGCUACCCCUCAUAGGAAUUCAGGACAGAACAAGGUCAAGGCUGAAUGAAGUGCAGUGGCAAGAAUUGCAACAUAAGAAACAUUGGGAGGCUAUGGUAAAGAAAACCUUUCACAGGCAGUGAUACUCAAUGUUGCUCAAGUGCCAAACCAGCUAUGGACAACAAAGCAAGUCUACAAGUGCCACCCCAAUACAUCAUGGAUGCAGUGCAGUGGUCAGUGUGUGGCAUAGGAAAUCUCUGUAAAUGAGGCGAGGGGACGAAUGUGCAUUGUGUGAACUGGGGCAUGCUAAAUGUGCUCAUUGACAGAUAAUGCAAGGAAAUGGUGCAGUGUAGAUAUAGUGAAGAAUAUCGCUGUUGACAUUUAAGUGUGGGACAUUGUGUGUGUGUGACAGUAGUUAUGUCGGGUGUGUGGUGGGAAAAAUAAAUAAAUUUAAAAAAAAAAA